CAACCUGUUCAAAGAUCUGCUUAAUAUGAUGUUGAAGUUAAAAGGAUCAGGUGGUUGUCCUUCAGGUAAUGGAGUUUCUAGAAAAGAUGUCCCUGCCUUUGCAGCAUCUCUUUCCAGUUAUACUAAAACUUACAAAACCAAUGAAAGCGUAUUAUUUGACAAAGUAUGGGCAAAUAUUGGAAAUGGUUAUGAUGCUAGCAGUGGGAUAUUUACUGCUCCCAAGUCUGGGGUUUAUCAAUUUUCUUGUACGAUAAUGAGAUUUAAAGAUUCUAUUAAAGUUCACCUGUUCCAAAAUGAGAAAAAGACAGUGGCAAUCUAUCCAGGUUCAGGAAGCCUAUAUAUACCUGGUUCACUCAACAUAGUGUUACAGGUAAAGAAGGGCGAUAAAGUAUUCAUACGAAAUGAAAGGAAUCAACAAAUCUACAGUGAAUCUGGAAGUCAAUUUAGCAUGUUUUCUGGAUUUAUGAUUUCAAAUUAAUAAAUUUGUCUAAA